CCCCGCGCAGCGACUGUUCUACUCGCACUCUCCAGGCUGGCGUGCGAGCACGCUGCGAAGACUACUGCCCGCCGCCCGCCGCAUAUGGCGGAGACCAUCACCGUCCCGACUCCCUCGCUCUUUCUCAACUCGCAGGACCCGAGUCCUGCCCCGUCGCCCGUCAAGAAAACACCACACCGCCCGUCGCAGCCAGCUUCCAGGGACGUGUCCAAGGCCUCGGACGCUAAUGGCAUAACCAAGAGGAAGCAGUCCAAGAGCCGCAAUGGCUGCAUUACAUGCAAAGCGAAGCGGCUCAAAUGUGACGAGACGAAGCCCAGCUGCCAGCAGUGCGCGCGGCGAAGCGUCACAUGCGGGGGCUACAAGAAGGACUUCAAAUGGCGGCCGUUCGAGGAGGCGAGCUUCACUGGCAAACCCCCCCCGGCGAAGCCGAAGAAGGGUUGGUCGAACUCACUCAGUAUACACACGUUGCCGAUGGGUGCUCUCGCACCUGCAUCGCCCACAACCUCUGCUCCCGCGCCCUUGCUAGCCACAAGUCCUGCUGCGUCCGACGACUCCCACCGGACCAUCGUCAACACCACGACGCUGCACAAUGCAUAUUUCCCUCCGCUAAGCUCUCCUGGGCCCAUGGUGUCGCGGCUCCCCCCCACUUCCCCCUUCAUCGAGUCGCCCCAUCCUCCUCUGGGGGAUCUGUACGCAAUCCCCCACCCCUCGCCGUACGUGAUGUGCCCCUCCCUCCCUCCAGUUGAUCCGUUUGAGCCUGGCUCGGUCGAAAGCUCAAAUAGCAUGUUCGAUGUGGAUAGCAUAGACACACGGCCCACUAAGACGACUGCACCGUCGAGCAUCUCAUCCGGCCAAUCACCCCGGCUCGUAGACCUUCUCCUGCCGGGCACUGACCUCAGUGCCCCGCCUGAGGAAUACAUGUCGUUCCGCUCACAGUACCCCGAGUCCUUCUACCAACCCGUCAUGUAUAAUUCGGCCGCUGAGCCGAUGGACGAAGAUGGCGUGGAGGAGAUUCCCCGUCCCUUCUUCAACCCCGACCACGAAGCUUGGGUGAUGCGGCUGCCAUCUCCGGCCCCAUCGAGCUCGUCAAGCUCGUCGUCGGACUCCAGCAAUUUCCCUCUACUAACCCAACCUCAAUUCUCCCUCAGCUCACCUGAAUUACUCACUCUUCGUUUCGAUCGAGAUACGUGUGGUAUUCUCUCUGUCAAAGACGGUCCAACGGAAAACCCCUGGCGCACGCUCGUCUGGCCGCUUGCCCGGGAUUGCCCUGCGCUUUACCACGCCAUCGCUUCCAUGACAUCCUUCCAUCAGUCGAGGGACACGCCCCCAAUGCGAAUACAAGGUAUCGACCACAUGCGCACCUCGGUCCACGCGCUUGCAUCGAGCCUCGAAAACAUGCGAGUCGAUGCAGCCAUCUCAACAACGCUCGUCCUGGCAUUCUCCGAGUCUUGGGACCAGCACAUCAGCACAGGAAUAAACCACAUCAAGGGCGCAAAAAUACUCAUCGAUAGGGCGCUAACGCGACACAACCAGGUUCCCCUGCUAGGCGAGGAGUUUAGCAGACUGAAAUUCCUCUGCAAUGCCUGGAUUUACAUGGACGUUAUCGCGCGAUUAACCUCUGCCGACGAGGACGAGUCUAAUGAUUUCGAUAUUGUUUCGGACGCUAUCUACUUGAAUGGACAGACAGAUGCCCAGCUUGACCCGUUGAUGGGUUGUGCCAGUACGCUCUUUCCUAUCAUUGGUCGUGUGGCAAAUCUGGUCAGGAAGGUACGUCGCACCGAGAGCAAUGGACCCAGUAUCAUUUCGCAAGCGAUGCAACUCAAGUCGCAACUGGAGGAGUGGGUCCCACCAGCAUUUAUCGAAGACCCAGAGGAUGAGACAACAAGCCCCCAUGACUCCAUCAAGACCGCUACUGCUUAUCAAUAUGCCACUCUUCUCUAUCUGCACCAAGCUGUUCCCGAGAUUCCGUCGCUCCCUUCUGCUGCCCUGGCCAAGAAAGCACUGUGCGAAAUGGCAACGGUUGAACCUCGGUCCCGAUCUGUGAUUGUUCACAUCUAUCCUCUAAUGGCUGCUGGGUGCGAAGUAUUGGAUCUGGAUGAUCGAGAGUGGGUUCAGAAUCGAUGGAAUGUGAUGGGUCAAAGGAUGAAGCUUGGCCUGAUUGAAAAGUGCUUGGAAGUUACCAAGGAAGUUUGGGCCCGGCGCGAUUUUUACGAGGCGGAGAAGCUAGCUGGUAACCGGAGCCGUAACAACAGUCUUUCUUCAACAGCGUCAUCACUCAAGCGUGAGUUCAGCGCCAUUUCCGAGGAACUCGAUAUGGAGGACCCGUUCACAUGGCUCGAUACUACAAACAAGCGAAGAGCGAUCAUUGGGCCCGGGUCCUUCGACACCCCGCGACCUGUGACGGUCAAAUCAGAACGGAGCGAGGGAAAGCGGUGGUCCGAGGUGGGAACAGAAUCACUAGAGCCUAAACUUACCGUAAAGGGGGACCUCCAUUGGCUGGGUGUUAUGAAGGAUUGGGGAUGGGAGGUCUUAUUAGGAUGAAGGAUCCCAUGUGUAUUUCAUUUCUAGCGGCGUCGACGAUCAUAUCCCAUUGCGUCCUUCAAAAGCCAUUCUCAGCAAGUGAAACGACUCACCACCACCUACCUCACAGCUUUCUGCGUGGUCCCCACUAUUUUACGGCCAUCUGCGGACCCAUUUGACGUUUCUGUCGCUUACGAAUUAGCGUAUUAAUCACAACCGCACUUCGCUUCGCUUUUCCCCCUUUUAUCAUGGGGGUUUUUUUAUUCGGCUUUCCAGGACUUUUCCACCUACGAUUUUCGAUCUCUUAGAGCGUGGCGUUGGCAACGGGCAACGCCUUGGGCAACCGGCUGAAUUU